UAAUUCGCGGCCCGUCCCGGGCGGGGGAGGAAGAGGAGGGCGGCGGGCCGGGCAGGAGGAAGGCCGCGGCCGCCGGGGGGCCUCUGGGCGCGUGCAGAGCGCCCCUGCCGGGCCUGGGCGGCCGCUCUCCCCUCCGGCCCGCGGGCCUCUGCUCGCGCUCAGGGGCGCCCUCGCCCGGGGCGAGGGGAGGCGGCGGCGGCGGCGGGCUCUGCCCCGAGGGCGCCGCCUUGCGCGGCCGGGCCCGGGACGGCGGAGGCGCCAUGGAGGCGGCGCCGUCGUCGGCGCCGUCGGGCGGGCUGGUGCGCGUGUGCUUCCCGGAGACGGCGGGCGCGCUGCUGGAGAGCCUGAACCGGCAGCGGCUGGAGGGCAAGCUGUGCGACGUGUCGGUGCACGUGCAGGGCCGCGUCUUCCGCGCGCACCGGGCCGUGCUGGCCGCCUGCUCGCCCUACUUCCACGACCAGGUGCUGCUCAAGAACAUGACGGCCAUCGUGCUGCCCGGCGUGAUGGACCCGGUGGCCUUCGAGAUGGUGCUGGCCUCGGCCUACACCGGCACGCUCAGCAUGGCCGCCGACGAGAUCGUCAACUACCUGACGGUGGGCAGCGUCCUGCAGAUGUGGCACAUCGUGGACAAGUGCACCGAGCUGCUCAAGGAGCGCCGCGGCGCCCUGCUGGGGGGGCCCCCCGCCGCCGCCGCCGCCACCUCCGCCCGCGCCCACUCCAGCCGCACCAGCGACAACCAGUCGCCCAGCAGCAGCAACUACUUCAGCCCCCGCGACGCCGGCGAGGGCCCCGAGCAGGGCAAGUACGCGCCCCGCGGCGGCGCGCUGGCCGGCGAGGAGCACGACGAGGAGGGCCUCCUCUUCCCGGCCGAGAAGGGCCCCUCCCGCGGCCCCGACCCCGACCCCUUCGCCGGGGGCAGCAAGUUCAUCCUGGAGACCGACGACGACGCCAGCGACGGCGGGGAGCCCGGCGGCUGCGAGCCGCGCCGGCCGGCCUACGUGCGGCCCAGCAUCAUGCCCCAGAAGCAGUGGGUCUUCAUCAAGAAGGAGCGCUCGCAGGAGGACCUGGUGCUGACCUGCGAGGAGGACGAGGACCCCGUGGAAGUGGCCGGCCCGCCGGCCCCCGAGGCAGCCCUCAGCAUCAGCGACGUGCGCACCUUGACCAACCCUCAGGCGGCGGCGGGGGCGGCAGCAAACUGGAGGAGCAGGUGAACUUCUGCGAGUCGUCGGAGGACUUCCCCUCGCCCUACGAGGGCCUGGACGACUCCUCUCCGCUCCCGGGCCCCUUCCCCCAGCGCCCUGAUGCCCAUGGACAUGCAAGGCAACCAGAUCCUGGUGUUCCCCCCACAGGCUCCUGUGGAGCACGGGGCAGUGCAGCUGGCGGCCAGCUCGGGAGACGGCAACAAAAUUUUCAUGUGCCACUGCGGGAAGGCUUUCUCUCACAAGAGCAUGCGGGACCGGCACGUCAACAUGCACCUCAACUUGCGCCCCUUCGACUGCCCCGUCUGCAACAAGAAGUUCAAGAUGAAGCAUCACCUCACGGAGCACAUGAAGACCCACACGGGCCUCAAGCCCUACGAGUGCGACGUGUGCGCCAAGAAGUUCAUGUGGCGUGACAGUUUCAUGCGCCACAAGGGCCACUGUGAGCGGCGCCACCGCCUGGGGGCGGGGGGAGGGGCGGGUGCACCAGCAUCUUCUGGGGCUGUCAAGAAGGAGGCCUCCCCCUCCCCCGGCAGCGGGGACCCUGAAUGGGCCCCCGGGAGGUCCCCACGUGGCGAACUGGCCUUUGCGGGGAGCAGCAAGAUGUAACAGGAGGGGGCCUGGGGAGGGGUCCAGAAUGGCCCGGACUGCUCCCCCUUGAGGAGAGGUCUGCUGAAGUGGACUGGGUGGUCCGUGUACCUGUGUGAGCCCCCUUGGCCCUUUCCGCCAGAAGGCUUGUGUGGUGCUCUUGCUGGGAGGGGGGCAGUGCAGGCUGAGGUGGGGGGGGCACCCUUUUCUAGCAGACUUGCUCCCUUCCCCCCCUAUGCAGCAGCUCCUGUGAGGCUUGCCCUCCCCUCACAUCAUGCACUGGCCUUGUACUGGACCAUUGGGCAGCAUUCACCCAUUGGCCGGGGGGGGGGGGGAGGGAGGCCAGGUGACUCUCCUUGUUCCCCAGGCUGGAGCCCCAAGGGCCGCGCUAUGCCACUGGGCUCCUCCACUCCUCCUGUUCUUAGUCAAUGUCUGUGUGUUUGGGGGGGGGAGGGGGCAUCUCUCGAGUGGGGGCACGCAACACUAAACACUCCCUCCCUUCCGUGUGCUGUCAAGGUGUGGGAGCCAUUCUGGUUGCAGCUGCCCUUCUGUCCCCGCGGCAUUGGAGCUGUGCCUGUAGUGAGCGGCCUUGGCCUGGGCUGCCCUGAGUGGGCGGGAGUGAAGGAGAAUGGGUGGGGGGGGGUUGCUGCUUUCUGGCAGCCAUCUUCCCUUGGGGAGGGGCCGUGGCAGAGCACCUGCUUGGCCUGCAGAAGGUCUCGGGUUCAAGAGCUUUCUCCACCUGAGACCCCAGGGCCUGACUCGAAGGAAGGCCGCUUCCCACCUUCUGUGCCUCCCGUGGUGCUUUCCCUGGGGAGGGGGGCUCUGUCGGCAGCUUCACCUUGGCCUCUGUGACUGGGCACCCCUUCCCGCCGUUCCUCUGUGAGGCUGAGGUCCCACUGUCUGGGCAGGGGAAACGUCUAGCUUGCAAGUAGACCUGGAGUGCAGCUGGGGCCGUUUCAGUGUUGAUCCUGCUGCCUGGGCAGAUCCCCCUCCCCACUCUGUCUAGCCCUUCUAUUCCUUCCUUUCUGUGGCGUCGUUGAGUUUGAGUUUUUGUAACUGAAUCUGGUUUGGGCCUUUUUUUAAAAAAAAAAAGUGAUUAUCUAUAAAUAUUUAUUGGUA